GUUUCUCAUUGCUCCGAUCAACUACAGAGGUCAAUUCUAUUUUUCUAUUUUAAAUGCGCGUAACCGUUCAGCUGUUUGGCAGCCUUGCUACCUUGGCCGCCAUGAGCGGGCAUGCAUUUGGCGCAUCUUCAGAGUCAGCGCCAAUUCGCACCAAGCUGGAAGCCUCCUUCCACGCACCACCCCUGCUUCUCGAGAUUGCCGAAGGUAUCGCCACGCACAACGCGAGCGCAUUCUUCCCGUUUAUCGAGAGGCUGGCCGAGAACCGCCAGGUGUUCGACAAACCCGACUCGGCUGCAUACGCGCAGGCACUCGAGUGGAUUUCCAACGACCAGCUGCUGACGCCUGUUGCCAUGUCGCUUCUAAAGCUGGAGCUGGCAACGCGCACGUACGCGCCGGCAGUGGUGGCGCAGUACCAGCUGUACAAUGCAACGGUGGUUCCCGAGAUUAAACAGGUGCGGAAGACGUUCGACGACUCCAGGCAUGCACCGGUGGAGGCACUGGAUGAAAUGCUGAACAUCGAAAAAUUCUAUGGCACGACCUACAUUGAGGAGGCCAAGACGGAGCCGCAGGUGCUGGACCUCGACCAUGUGUACCGGACCGAUGCGCCGGCAUCAGAUAAGCUGGUGGUUUUGUAUGCUGACCCGCGGGCCGAUGAUUUCCUCAAGCUGCACCAGAACGCCAAGGAGCUGGCAGAGAGCGCUCAGGCGACGUAUGUUCUGCGGUACCGCCCAUGGGCGUCAGCAGAGCGUCCCUUGGGGCUCGCUGGGUACGGAGUCGAACUGGCACUGAAGAGUACCGAGUACAAGGUUAUUGACGACCGCGAUUUGGACUUUGCUGGUGAGCGCAGCAAGGGCGGGGCGGGGGUUAAGCUGGCCGUGCAAGACGCUGGCCGUAAUGGCGAGAUCGAGCUGUUUGAUAGCGAUGCAGAGCCUGCCACGCAGAUGAUUCUGGGUGCCUCUGACAAGCUUGCUGUGCUGAAGCAGCUGGCACAAGACCUGCCUCGCUACGCACACUUGCUGUCUGAGGUCGAGCUCAACACAACGCUGACAGACAGCAUUGAACAGUUCCGCCAGAUCGCACCGCACGACUCCUUCUUUGUCAAUGGCGUGCGGCUGACGCCCGAUGAGCUAGAUCCGUUCAAGCUGCUGAAUCACCUGCGCAAGGAGAACUCGAUCAUUGCUGCCCUCGAGGACAUCGGGUUUACGCAGCAGCAGGCAUUGGAUUUGAUGUUGUCUGAGGAUCUGGCGCAGCCCGACCAGGCUGAAGAGGACAUGCCCACGUUUGACAUGCGCGAUCCGUCAAAGAGCGUUGUUGCCUGGCUCAACAAUCUCGAAAAGGACUCGCGCUAUGGCAUGUGGCCCAAGGACCUGCGCAACCUGAUGCGCAUCUUCACACCCGGCCAGAUCCAGCGUAUCCGCCACAACACUGUACAGGUCGUGUUUGCCCUGGAUCUGUCGUCGUCAGCCAGCUGGACCAUGAUCCUGGACGAGAUCAUGACUAACAUCGAGCAUGGGCUGCCGAUGCAGUUUGGUAUUGUCCCGCUGGUCGACUACGCUAACCCCAACAGUGAUGCCGACUCAAACAAGAUGGCCAAGUUGCACUACUAUCUGCGCCAGGCAUUUGGCAAGAAGAAGGUUUUGUCGUUCUGGCAGGGGGCGAUGAUAGCGUUUACCAAGAACUCGGGCAAGAUGUCGUUUACCGAGAGUACCCGCGGUCUGUAUGCAGCAUUCGCCAAGUCGACCAAGACAAAGAGCGGCGACGGUGCGCUGUCGUGGGAUCAGGUCAUCAGCUUGAGCGACGAGAAGCUUUCUGAGUGGUGGACUGCCAGCGUCAAGUACUGUGCACGUCUCGACCUCAGCACCACAUCGUCUCCUGAUGGCCUGGUCUUUGUCAAUGGCGGUGUUAUCUCACUCUCCGACAACUACCAGAGCGCACUGUACCAGGCAGUACAGAUGCAAAUGUGGCAGCUUGCCCAAGCCCUGCGCCGCACAGACCUUGAUCCCGAGGGCAACGUCCAGGACUACAUUUACAGCCAGCCCGGCGUCAUGAGCACGCGUAGCGCGCUUAUUUACCCAUCAGACGAGUCGCCGCUGCGGUUCCUGACUCUCGGCAAGCCUGCUGUCCAGGGAUGGGUCGAUAGCAGUGUCCCGUAUUUGUCAUUCCGGAAAGACACCGAUACCGAGCUGCAGACUCCGGAUGAUAAGCGCAUGCGUGUUGGCCUGGUUCAUUCACCUUCGCCAGCUGCUGCCAGUGAGUACCGAGCCGAUGGCGAGGAAGACGAGGACCAGCCAGAGGGGUUCUCAGCUGAGAUUCCUCUAGCUGUUCACCAGCUUGGUUCUGUGACUGAUGUUCCAGCCGAUGUUGUGGCCUCAUUCGCUGCGCGCCUCCUGAGCUCUGCCGACCUCGACCAGGGAAUCCUGGCUGACGAGCAAUUUUCUGCUCAUAGCGAUGCAUUCGCUGAGAUUUUCGAACCCUCGGACGAUGCGGUUGAUUCUGCCGAUAUUGCCUUUGCUGCUAACAAGGCUGCCCUGCACGCUCUGGGUGUCCCUGCGACGGUGGCCGGCUCCGGUCACGUUGUUGUCAACGGCCGGCUACUGCCGCCAAUUACCGAGGAUAUGCCAUUUACAGCCGAUACUGUCAGUGCGCUGGUCAGCUAUGAGCUGAGCGAGCGCAUUAACAACGUAUAUAAUGCCAUCAAGGACAUCGUGCCUGACCCAUCCUCCAUCGAUCUGCCAGCGCUAGUUAUGAAGGCCACAGCGAUCCUGAGCCAUGGCCAGACACUGGUCAAGGUGAAUGGCAUUUUCCAGCGGCCCUGGUCUGACACCCGCCGGUCAAUCGAAAAGCUGGUGCGCAGCAAGCGCGACACUCUUAUCCAGAUCAACGAUCCCGCCACUGCGCGCUUCCGCAUCCAGGCUGUGCUUGACCCCUUGAGCGAGUAUGCCCAGAAGUGGGCGCCUGUGUUCCAGGCACUGGCAAGCCUGCCCAGUGUGUCGGUCGAGGUGUACCUGAACCCAUCUGUUGGUAUGAGUGAGCUUCCUGUCAAGCGCUUUUAUCGGUACCUGUGGCCGAGUCAGCUGUCGUUUGGCAGCGAUGGCGCUGUAGCCACGCCCGAGGUCCAGUUCAAUGGCGUGCCUGCCGAUCCACUGCUUACACUUGGUAUGGAUGUGCCGGCGGCCUGGCUGGUCACCGCUGUUGAAUCUAUCCACGAUCUGGACAACAUCCGUCUGUCGUCAGUCAAAGACAAGAGCACUGGCGUUUCGGCCAUCUACCGCCUAGUCAAUAUUCUGCUGGGCACAUCGCUGAAGCCGUCGAUCACCGAUACCAUCGUCAUGGCGAACCUGGGCUACCUGCAGCUCAAGGCAAAUCCGGGUGUCUGGAAUUUCUCGAUCCGCGACGGUCGCUCCAGCGACAUCUAUCGCAUUGCCGAUAUCAGCGAGGGUCGCUGGAACUAUGUGGCUGCAAAGCGUGCUCAGACCAGCAACGCAGAAUCAGCCAAGCCCAUUUUGCUGACAAGCUUCAACGGCGUUACGAUCUUCCCAGUCGUCACCAAGCGUGCUGGCAAGGAGAACGAGAAACUACUGCUGGAGAAGGGUGCCGACGACACUGCCAAGGCUGCUGGUGGGUCCGGCAGCAAGGGCAGCCUGUGGGGUAAGCUCAAGGGCGCUAUCAGCGGUGGUGUGUCGACGGGCGACAGCCGCCCGCACUUUGACGUGUUUGCCGUUGCCUCGGGCCAUCUUUACGAGCGCCUAAUGUCGAUUAUGAUUCUGAGUGUGCUGAAGAACACCCAGAGCCAUGUCAAGUUCUGGCUGAUUGAGAACUUUUUGUCGCCGUCCUUCAAGGCAUUUGUGCCACACAUGGCCGAGGAGUACGGGUUUGACUACGAGUUCGUCACCUACAAGUGGCCGCACUGGCUGAACCACGAGACCGAGAAGCAGCGCACCAUCUGGGGCUACAAGAUCCUGUAUCUGGAUGUCCUGUUCCCACUCAACCUCGACCGCGUGAUUUUCGUUGAUGCCGACCAGAUUGUGCGGGCCGACCUGCAGGAGCUUGCCGACAUGGAUCUCAAGGGCGCACCAUAUGGGUAUGUGCCGUUCUGCGAUGACCGCAAGGAGAUCGAAGGGUACCGCUUCUGGAAGCAAGGCUGGUGGAAGGACCAUCUGAAAGACAAACCGUACCACAUCUCGGCCCUCUACGUUGUUGACUUGAAGCAGUUCCGGCUCCUGGCCGCCGGCGAUCGCUUGCGUGGCCAGUACCAGACGCUGUCGCGCGACUCAAACUCGCUGGCGAAUCUGGACCAGGAUCUGCCCAACAACAUGCAGCACAUUGUCCCAAUCCAUAGUCUGCCGCAGGAGUGGCUGUGGUGCGAGACCUGGUGCAGCGACAGCUCGCUGAAGAAGGCCAAGACCAUCGAUCUGUGCAAUAAUCCGAUGACCAAGGAGCCCAAGCUUGAGCGGGCCCGCAGGCUGCUUCCGGAGUGGGAGGCGUAUGACAAGGAGCGCGGAAACCUCGAAGGUGCACAGAUUGCCAAAGCGGAGGCGGUGGUUAUUGAUAAGCCCAAGGAAGAGAGGAAGAAGGAGCACGAUGAGCUUUGA